AUGGGUGACAUCCGUCAGUCGCUGCUGCCUCGCGACGUGCUGAAUGCAGCCAAGGAGCUGCUGUACCACCUGGACAUCUACAUCUGUAACCUGGUGCAGUCCGGCCGGCAGCCCCCCCAGGUGGACUCCAAAACCCAGGAGCUGGUGGAGGAGUUCAUUCUUCAUGCACCGAAGGACAGAAACACACCAGCCAGGAGGAUGAGUGCCCUCCAGGAGCUCCAGCUGUUGGAGAUCAUGUGCAGCUGUUUCCAAGAGCAGAGUCGUGAUACUGUCCGUCAGCUUAUGUUCUCUGCCCUCUUUAGUCUCCAAGGCAACCAGGCAGACGAAAGUCGGAUGGCGCUGUUAGGCAAACUGGUCUCCAUGGCAAUUGCUGUGGGCAGGGUUCCUAUCUUGGAAUGUGCUGCUUCGUGGUUACAGAGAACGCACCGUGUGUACUGUGUGCGGCUGGCUCAGGUUCUCGUAGACGACUACUGUAGCUUGGUGCCGGGCUCGGGGCCCACGCUGCAGAACAUCCACAGUGCCAGUCCGCGCUUCUGCUGCCAGUUCAUCACGGCUGUCACCACGCUCUACGACCUCACCACAGAGGAGCUCACCCCCCCGUUAGAACUCCUCCAGAUGAUUGUGUCGUGGAUCCAAGACGACCCCCGUCUAGUCCUCAUCAACUUCCUGAACACGCCCCUCUCCGGCAAUCACCCAAUCAGCUCACUGGAUGUCACACCUUUAGGGGGCUUGAUGCGCUGGUGCGUUAAAGCCCCCCUAGCAUACAAGGGAGACAAGGGAGACAAGAAGCAGGCCUUGACCAAUGGCAGCACAGAGAGAGAGGGGGAGGUGGGGCCUCUGUUCUCUGCUCUCCAUCUGAGCGUCCUACAGGUCCUCAUGCUGUUGCCGAACAUCCUGAAUGAGAAGGGUCUUUACGGUCGCCUGGCGCUGCUGCAGAUGGAGUCUCUGGCCUCGCUGACUUCUGACCUCUCCAGGCUGUUGGACCAGGCGGACAAACACGCCCCAUCCACAGAUACCCGAGCGCUGCCUCAGCUCGCCCUGGACCGGCUGGCUCAGGCUCUGCAGGUGUCCAUGGCCAAUGGGGCGCUGCUCUGCUCCAGAGAGGACCUGAGAGCCAUCUGUUCCCGCCUGCCACACAACAAUUUGCUCCAGUUGGUGUUGUCCGGCCCUGUGAUGUACUACAACAACAUCCACUCUCCUGCAAUGGCCUUCAGCCCGCACGCAGCGCAUUCCCCCAUCGCCUCACACCCCACACACCCCCCACACCCCCCACACACACCUUUACCCACACACCCCUCCUCUCACCCUCAGUACCCGGCUCAGCCUUUCAUGACGGGGAUGCCUUUCCCCUUCAGACCCAGCCACUAACGCAGAUGAUGUGUUUGCAAUGUGAAGGUGUGUGUUAAUGUGUGUGUGGACGGGAAGUGUUUUUGUCAGUUGAAUGAUGUGUGUGAGUGAUUUAUUACGAUGCGAGUGAUUUAUAACGAUGUAAACAGGCAGAGUUGCUUUUGCUAAAAGUCUGUGAGGCUAACGUUGUCCAAUAAAUAUUUUUUUUACCUAA